CCCGACCCGGAGGACCGAGCGGCAGGAGCUGGUGGGAGGCCGCGGGCCGGCGGGAGGCCGAGCGGGGAGCCAGCGGCCCGACCCGCCCGCGUGGAGCCGAGGGGCGUCGGCCCGGCCCAGGUCCUCCGCCCGGAGACCCGCCCUCCGCCCCUCCCAGCGCCCCGGCGCCCGGCGCUUCCUGGUCCCCGCCGCAGCCAUGGCCGAGGAGCAGCCGCAGGUCGAGCUGUUCGUGAAGGCUGGCAGUGAUGGAGCCAAGAUUGGAAACUGCCCCUUCUCCCAGAGACUGUUCAUGGUGCUCUGGCUCAAGGGGGUCACCUUCAAUGUCACCACCGUUGACACCAAGAGGCGAACUGAGACAGUACAGAAGCUGUGCCCAGGAGGGCAGCUCCCUUUUCUGCUGUAUGGCACCGAAGUGCACACAGACACCAAUAAGAUUGAGGAGUUUCUGGAGGCAGUGCUGUGUCCUCCCAGGUACCCCAAGCUGGCAGCCCUGAACCCUGACUCAAACACAGCUGGCCUGGACAUAUUUGCCAAGUUUUCCGCCUACAUCAAGAACUCAAACCCAGCACUCAAUGACACCCUGGAGAAGGGGCUCCUGAAAGCCCUGAAAGUUUUAGACAAUUACCUGGCAUCCCCCCUCCCAGAGGAAGUGGAUGAGACCAGUGCUGAGGACGAGGGCAUCUCUCAGAGGAAGUUUCUGGAUGGAAAUGAGCUCACUCUCGCUGACUGUAACCUGCUGCCAAAGCUCCACAUAGUGCAGUGGUCAUUGCCCACAAGACUGUUGCUUGUGAAAAUUACAUUCCAAGAUACAAGCUGGGUGCAAGCCGGCUGGCGGAGAGGAACACAUCCCAGUGUUACUUUCAAGAAUGCUCUUCCUGCCACUGGCACUGCCAGUCCCCAGGCCAGACCGGGCAGGCUCUUCCUACAACCAAAGCUUUGUCUCCUCAUAGCUUGGGUUUCCACCUCCUCUUGUGGAAGAUGAAAACUUGGUUCCCAUCUUUUGUCACAGCCUU